GAUCGAAAAUCUAAGAUCCCACGGCCUUCCACCGGUUGAGUCAGAAGACACAAUACCAGAUUGAGACCGUACUAUUCUCUAGCUAGAGGACAGCAACUGAAACAACAGCCAACAGACAUAAAGCACCCUACACUCUAGCUAGCUAGCAACACAAUAGACAUAUUCAUCAUGACGGCACCGGAGCAAGAUAUGAGCGAAAAUAAUAAUGAAGAAGAUGAUUCGGAAAUGUCGUAUGAUUCUGAAGAUGACGACGAUUCUUCCUUUGAUUCCGAUAUGGAAAACGAAGCGCAACGACUCAUGGACGCCUUACAAGCAGAAAAUGAUGCGCUGAAGGACGCCUUGCAACAAGCAGACAAUCGUGCAGCAGCAGCACCCGCAACUCCUGCCAAGCCUCCCCAAGAAAUAUGGGCCGACUUUGUCGGUUCCAUUGAAAAGUGUGAAAAUGCUUCCCUCAAGGUCACCGACACACUCGUGGCGUGGGUCGCCGAAACCACAGCAGCCGACACUAACGAACGCUUAGUGCUGGUAGAAUCUCUCGUUACCGACAUGAUACGGGCCGUUCAAGCAGGGUUUGUCAUUAUUCACGUUAUUUUGGAGCGCAACUUUUUGUUGUUACUCAAUCCAGAACAACAUACACGCUUGUACCGGGCCAUCUUGACCAAACAUGCGUCCACCAUCACCUAUUGGAAGUUGGGAUCGGACGAUUCGACCGAUGCCUGUGGGAUUCCCACCACGGCGCUGUUGACAGCCAUGUCGUCGAUCGCAGGAUGGACCAAUUUAACCGAGCUGGAAAUUAGAGGCCUGGAACUCCAUACUUUGGCAGAUAUGGAACGGAUUCUCCAGUUUCUUCAGCGGGCACCCAAAAUUAGGCAAUUCAAUUUGCUAGGAUUGGUCAUGAGUGACGCUUUGGUAAACACAGAAGGGCUUUUUGACAAAGUUGUCACCACAGUGCAAGCGAUCACGGACUUUGAUGAACUGCAGCUGUGUCGUCGAGUAGAUGAUGCUCGAGCAGGUGGCAGCAGCAACCACAGUGGGACGUCGCUACCGCCACUCAUCUCUCCAGUGGCUCUGGAGAAUAUGCUCUCGGUAAAACAAAAAUGGUGGCGCAUGGCUUUCGAUGGAAUGUCCCUGGACGACCGACACUUAUCAAUCAUUGGUUCGGCCCUCAAAGGGAAUAAGGAUUGCAAAAUGAAUGAUUUACUGAGCAUCCAGGAUAACCCAAAGGUAACGUCCAAGGGACUACAUGCACUCUAUACCAUUUGCAUGGCAAAACAGCGCAUGGGACUGGUCCUGUCGGAUGAUCCGUCCUGGGUGGCUACGUUUGACCUGGUGCGACCCCUCAACAAUCUGCACCGGCGUUUGGAAUAUAUCAAGGAGGAUGGCAGAGGCUAUCGCUCCAGCGACUCUUGGAUCAAGUGGCUAUCAGUCGUUGGGAACUUGCCUUGGAUUGGGGAAGCUCGCAAACUGAACUAUAUCUGGUUUGCUUUGCUGGAACAACCCGAGUUGGUUGCAAAUUGCUCGUUAGUUGGGCAAUCUAGCUAGACUAAGCAAGGUUGCAAAUCUCACAUUGCAAUAACUCAAAGCCUAGCUAGUUUCUACUCUUUCUCUCGUACGUAGCAGCAUUGAUAUUACGCCCAUCCCGACACCAAGCUUGACCGUCGGAAAUUCGGAAGCUGUCCAUCGCAAAAGAGAGGAGUGGGAAGGCUGCCAAGGCUUAACUUCUUCGAAUGGAUCAAGGUAGCCCAGCUUCUGGUGGCCCACUACGAUCUUAUCAGAAUGAUUGAAUCUUCAAUCAUUCCAACCGGGUUGGAUGGAUCCCUGUCAUUGCGGCCCAACUGUUCAUUGCAAACUCAACAUUGUCUGCGCCAUGUGCACACUAUGAUAGCGUCGGGAGGCCUCUGCAGUCCUUGUUUGCUAGCUAUAAGCUAGAUCCGUACCGUAUCCAAUAUAUGGACAAGACCGCGCAAAAAUAACUUGAGUCGCACUCGAUGUCAAUGAUAGCAUGGAUGUAGUCAUCACUUGCUGCAUCACUCCAUACAUUUUUAUUUAAUCCAGUCAUUAAUCCAUACGC